AUGUUCGUCUCGAUAUGCCUGCGUGUCCUUAAAACAACUUUUUUGGAAUUUCUCUCAUCAAUAUUUUUUGUCUUUUUUUUUCAGAUUAACGGUGGUUUAAACGAUUGUUUUACUCAUAUAAUUAUUGAUGAGGCAGGACAAGCAGAUGAACUUGAAGCUUUAAUUCCUUUAGUUGGCCUAAUAAGUCAUUUAAAUAACAAAACAAAAAUAAUUUUUGCUGGAGAUCCAAAACAAUUGGGGCCUGUACAGACUUGUGAUCCUUUGAAAAAGAUGGCUAAAUCAAUGGCUUUAAUUGAACGUUUAACUAAUUUUAAUGGAUUAAUGAAUUCUUUUGAUUUUGACAAGUAA